ACAGCCGCCAAGCACCAGUCACCACCGGCCAUGGCGCUCCGGCAACUCUGCCUCUGUGGCCUGUGCGUGCUCCUCCUCCUCCAGGCCGUCCCGUUCGCCUGCGGCGGCCGCAGCCCCCCGCAGCCGUGCUACAAGACAGUGACGGGCGUGCCGAGCUGGUGCGCGGGGGAGUUCAUCCUGGCGCUCUUCGACGGCGUCAAGAACCACCCCAUCAAGGAGUACUGCUGCGUGCAGCUCGCCUGCGUCGGCGAGACGACGUGCACCUCCGUGCUCCGCGGCGUCUGCCCGCCCCCGAAGCAGUAUCUGCCGUGCCCGCCGCACCAAUACACGUAGCCUAUAUACAUACAAGCGUGCGUGUGUGUUAUGUGAUCUGCAAGUUGACCGUAAUUUGUCGUACCUGGAGGUUGUGCGCGGAGCAGUAAUAAUCGAUAUGCAGUCCUUCAGUCUGGGGUUGGACGGGGCGCUCACUUUGUGGUUCUUGGUCUUUUACAACGGUCAUGUAGCUAAUAAUUCAGGAAA